AUGUCUGCAACCGAAACAAACAACGUCGCCCUGGAGAAGGACAUCGAGGCUGAUGCCGCCGCGCCUGUGACCAACGGUGGCACGUCCACUGUGAACCCCACCAUGUCGGCGGAGGAGCACCACGUUGCUCAGCAAGCUGCCCGCUUCGGCUACGGUCCUCUGGCUCACGUCAACACUGCCGAGUCCCGUCUCCCAGCCUUUGGUGGUGAGUUCCAGCCCGGUCUGUACAAGCCCGUCGAGACUCGCAAGUUCGCCAACCCAGCUCCUCUGGGUCUGUCCGCUUUCGCCUUGACCACCUUCGUGCUGAGUCUCGUCAACAUGAGCACCCGUGGCUUGACCGUCCCCAACAUCGUCGUCGGUCUGGCGUUUGGAUAUGGUGGUCUGGUGCAAUUGCUUGCCGGCAUGUGGGAAAUGGCUGUCGGAAACACCUUCGGUGCCACCGCCCUGUCCUCGUAUGGUGGAUUCUGGAUUGCCUUCGGUAUCACUCUCACGCCCGGCGGGUUCGACAUUGCCGGGGCCUUCGCGCCCGAAGGUGUGGCCGGCGCCAACGGUGCUGCCACCCCGGCGUUCAAUAAUGCAAUGGGCUUGUUCCUGAUGGGCUGGUUCAUCUUCACCACCAUCUUGGUCCUCUGCACGCUCCGCUCAACGGUGGCCUUCUUCCUGCUGUUCUUUUUCCUGGACAUGACCUUCCUGCUGCUCGCCCUCGGCUACCUCUACCACGAGGGCGGCCCCACCUCUUCGGCCCCCAACCCCAAACUCGCGAAGGCCGGUGGGCUCUUUGGUCUCUUGGCUGCGUUCGCCGCGUGGUACAACGCCUUCGCUGGUAUGGCCGACGACAGCAACAGCUUCUUCGUUGUUCCGGUCGCCCACUUCCCCUGGUCGGCCACUGGCCGUGCCCGCAAGACCGAGCGCCAGCAGGCGUAA